CUCCGAACCAACCCACGCCCGACUGCACCGCCUGUCAUCUUUGGGUUCCUGUAACCUCCGUGACAAAACCUAUCAAUCCAUAGCAUCAACUGCAAUCUCAAUAGAGGAGUUGUUCUUCGACACACCACAGCUGGUGACACACUUACUCCCCUCCCAGCUCACUCACAUCCUUCACACCUGGCUUGACCAUGAAUAUUAUCGAAUGGGCAUUUGGCAAGCGCAUGACGCCGGCUGAGCGUCUACGCAAACAUCAACGAGCCCUCGAAAAGACACAACGAGAACUGGAUCGGGAGAGAGUCAAGUUGGAAAAUCAAGAGAAGAAGCUGGUCGCAGAUAUCAAGAAAUCCGCCAAAAACGGUCAGAUUGGGGCAUGCAAGAUUCAGGCCAAAGACCUUGUCCGCACGAGGCGGUAUAUUCAAAAAUUCUACCAGAUGAGAACCCAGCUGCAGGCCAUCUCAUUGCGAAUACAGACCGUCCGGAGUAAUGAACAAAUGAUGCAAUCAAUGAAGGGUGCGACGCAACUCUUGGGAAGCAUGAACCGACAGAUGAACCUCCCCGCGCUGCAGCGGAUAGCCAUGGAGUUUGAACGAGAGAACGAUAUCAUGGAUCAACGGCAAGAAAUGAUGGAUGAUGCUAUCGAUGAUGUUACAGGGCUGGAAGACGAGGAGGAAGGUGAAGAAGUCGUCAACCAGAUCCUCGAUGAGAUUGGAGUCGAUUUGAACAAUGCUAUGGGAGAGACACCAACCGGCCUACAGAAGGCAGCUGUACCGGAGACACGCGUCGCACAGGCUAUUGGUGGUGGUGGAGGGGACGAUGACGACCUACAAGCCCGUCUAGACUCAUUACGUCGUUAGGGAUGAUGCUAGUGCUGGAUCCCUCUGGACGCGGUUGGUAUACAGUCUUUAUUUUCUGCAUGUGUGUCUCUGCAGUCAAAGCAUGGUGUUCUGGAAAUUUCGUUUAUAGACAAACAACAUCUGCUCGCGUUUGGAAGUCAAGGCACGAGAAGGUUGAUAUGUGUAGCUUGCACUCACUGCCUCUGCUCAGACUGGAGGGAGGGGUAUGAAUACCUGACAUAAUCUGUCUCGCAGAAAGCAUACGUUCUUGUCACCGCUCACUACGAUUCCGCACCAAUGCUAAUGGGUCCUUUUGAGCCAACCCCUUCUAGGUACACCAAAGAAUGCUUCG